AUGAAAGAUCCGCAAUAUUGUGACUGGAGAUUACGCGAUGAUGCUCGAGUAGAUAGUGAUGAAUUAAGACAGGACAUUAUACGAAAUAAGCUGGAAUCUAUUCGCAGAUGUGAGCGUAUUUCACGAUUUAUGGAUGAAAAUGGAAUUAAUAUUAACAGUUUUAAUACAUGGAAUAAGAAAUUUGCUAAGAAAGUUGCAAGGGCUGUAAAUCAAACAUCUAUUCCAGAUUGGGUGCGUAAGAAUUCUAAGAAAUGUGGUGAUGUUACUACGGAUGAAGGAGAAGCCGAUGUUGAAAUUAUUGAGAACCAAGCCAAGCGUUCAAUGUUAAAGCCCGUUAAAAGGGGGGACGAGGAAAAGAAGCCGAAGAAAUCUGAGACUAAAGAUAAUUAA